AUGUGGGGAUGGGGAUAAAAUUCAAGACAUGAUUCAAAAGCAUAUUUAAAAUGUCCAUAUUUAAAAUAGCUGAGGAGAGGGUCUCAACAGACAUGACCUGGGAGGUGGUGGUGCACACCUUUAAUCCCAGCACUUAAGAGGCAGAGGCAGGGGGGCUGGAGAGAUGGCUCAGCGGUUAAGAGCACUGACUGCUCUUCUGAAGGUCCUGAGUUCAAAUCCCAGCAACCACAUGAUGGCUCACAACCAUCCAUAAUGAGAUCUGACGCCCUCUUCCGGUGUGUUUGAAGACAGCUACAAUGUACUUAGAUAUAAUAAUAAAUAAAUAAUUAUUUUUUAAAAAAAGAGGCAGGCAGAUUCUUGAGUUUGAGGCCAAUGUGGUGUAUAUAAUGAGUUCCAGGGCCACGUAGUGAGACAUUGCCUCCAACGAGCAAACACAUAAACAACGAGAAAACAAAGCAAAUGGCUCCUGAGGAACAAAAGCCAAAGCUGACCUCUGGCCUCUGACCUCUGGCCUCUGGCCUCCACAUGAACCUGCUUACAUAGUAAAUAAAACAAACAAAUGCUCAGAAGCACUAAUGCCAUAGGGCAUCUACUGUGACACAAUCUUUCUGGGAGUCAAAUGCUAAAAUUUACAUACUGUUGGCUGUGGAAUUCUAGCAUAUUACCCCCACCCACGUAAAUAUUAUACAACUAUACAAAGUAUGUACAAACACAAGCAAAGAUCCUCUACUGUGAUACAAUCUUUCUGGGAGCCAAAUGCUAACAUUUACAUACUGUUGGCUGUGGAAUUCUAGCAUAUUACUCCCCCCACACACAUAUAAAUAUUAAAAAACUAUACAAAGUAUGUACAAACACAAGCAAAGAUCUUCAUGACUGCAGCAUUUACAGUAGAACAAAAACCAAAACACACCAAACAAACAAAUAAACAAACACAGCCCCUGUAAUUUGAGAUAGAGUAAUUGAAGAAAAGGCCAUAACAAAUAGUAUGGUAUUGUGUUUUUUAAGUAACAAAAACAUAUUUUAUAGAUAUCGAUGUUUGUAUAAGCAGAAAAAAGUAGUAUCAAUCUGGUAAUCUAAUUAUCUGGGGGGAAAAAGAACUGAGAACACUUUUAUUAAAUAGCAGUUUAUUGUCAGUCCUGGGGAUUGAACCUGGGGCACCUCGACUGUCAGGCAAGCGCUCCCCCACUGCCUCACACCUCCGACAAUCCCUUCAGUUGUCAUUUGAGACCAGAUCUUGCUGAGCUGCCCAGGCUGUCCUUGAACUCUCUCUGUAGCCUGAUCAGACAUUGAAUUGCAAUCCUCCUGCCUCCGGUUCCUAAGGAGCUGGGAUGAUGAGCCUAUGGCACAUUGUUUGUUUCCUUUGUGCACUGUUUCAGAUUUUGUUUUUGUGACUCAUGAUUACUUCACGUAUGAAAGUAAAAAAAAAAAAAAAAAAAAAAAGAAAGAAAGAAGUGUGUGUGAAAGCAAGAGACAGAUAAAUAAACACAAUCACAGGCUGCAGAAGAGACUAUGCCAUGAACAAAGAGGCUCAUCAGGACUUCCCUUUAUGCUCACAGAGUCUCCUGGGUAGGUGCCUGGACAGACGGACAGAUGGACAGAUGGAUGGAUGGACAGUUGGACAGAGAAGGGGUGAAGAGAGGACAGUGGAAAGCAAGAGAAGUAGGGGUGACAGGCAGGGAGGGAGUUGUAGAGCCACCUACAGGAGGACAGCUGGAGUGGCCUUUGCCACCAGAAGGGCUGACGUUGUGAGAGACUUUGGCUUAGACGGGUCAGCUGAGCGGACAGUAAGAUGGGACAUGCAGAGAAGAGGGGUGGGGAACAUCUCUGUGACAGGCUCAGCCUCCCUGGGACUUUCUGUGAGGUCACCUGGGUAGAGUGGAAAAGCACAGAAGAGCAACAAGAGUCAAUUCUCCCGAUGCCCUGCCGGGCAUCUUCCACAGUGGAGUCAGCUGCUAGUGACAGGAUCCCUCGGUCUGGGGAGACGGUCCCUUACACCAGGGCCACGCCCACUCGGCUGCCAGGGCCACGCCCACUCGGCUGCUACUCUGCUACUCUCCCCACAGAAAGCCCCUCCCUGGGAACACUGGGAACCGGGGGUGUGUGUGUGUCGAAAACCAGACAGAUGGCCUUUCUGCCCAUGUUCGUUCCUCUCUCAAGCUCCCCUUGCUGCACAUUCCAGUUAGCACUAGGAGCAGGCAGUUAGAGAGGAGGCCUGCCAUGGUCCUGGAAACUCAGGAUAUUUGGGGAAUGCUCCCAGAGUCUCAGGUACCUAGAGCCGGCCGUGGGCUUUUCACCUGGGUGGGUGAACUCCUUCCUUGCAGGAAAGAAUGUAGCAGAGAGGCAGCCAGAGCCUGCUCCUUCCGGGUGCACACCUUAACAAGGCUCUCUGCUUCUCCUACUCUCUGGACAGUAAGGUUCCCUCAAAGAACAGAUGAGGGGGCCAGCCAAGAGCCGCGGAAAUGGCUCAGGUCUGUGGGUGAACAUCCUGGGACUCGACUCAGGAAGUGGGUUCAGGGCUGUAAGGCGAGCAAACUCACACCUAAGUAGAAAGUGACUAUUUUGGCAUCUGUGUUACCUAGGCAAGGGUAUCUGGAGGUACAGAGCUGACAGCAUGGUGCACAUACAUACAUAUAGGCAAAACACCCAUACACAUAAAAGAAAAAUUAAUCUUUUUAUUUUUAAAAAUAUUUAUUGUAUGUAUGUGAGUACACUGUCACUGUCUUCAGACACACUAGAAGAUGGCAUCAGAUCCCAUUACAGAUGGUUGUGAGUCACCAUGUAGUUGCUGGGAAUUGAACUCAGGACCUCAGUGCUUAUAACCACUGGGCCAUCUCUCCAGCGCCCCCCUUUUUAUUUUAUUUUAUUUUGCUUUUGAGAAAGGGUCUCACUAAAUAAUCCUGGCUGGCAUGGAACUUGCUUUGUAGAGCAGGCUGGACUCACACUUAGAGAUCUGCUAGCCUCUGCCCAUUGAGCGCUGGGAUUAAGGUGUGCGGCUCAGCCUCACACCCUCUAUUGGCUGGGUUCUCUAGAGGAAAGGAACCAGAACAACAAGUGCACAGUACAGAGGAGGGCAUAGAACGGCUCACCAACAGUGGCCGUCUGUACUUGCUGAUUGCUUGGUACUUAAUGCUGCCAGUGAAGGGCUGGAGGAUUCCUGGAGAGUCACAGCCCAGGUCUCAAAAGUGACCUCCAACCCAGCCUGAGAGCUUCAGAGUGAGACGCUGUGUCAAAGUAAAAGCAAAAACAAGGGAUUGUUUAAAACAAAACCAACCAAACAACAAUAUAUGUGAAGAACAGUCUGAGCAAAUUAAAAUAGGGAUGGCGGCACUUGGGUAGUAAGAAACACGGCUUUGUAUGCAGUCAGACCAGCACAACAGUGAAUCUUUUUUUCCAUCAAACUUCAUAAUAAGCCCGUCUCUGAAAAGGGUGAUGCUGGGGCUGAAGAAAUGGCUCAGCCAUUAAGAACCAGGGGACCAGCGGGUUAGUUCCCAGAACCCAUGUCAGGUGGCUUACAAUUGCCUAGCAGCUCCCAGAGAUCCGACCCCCUCUUCUGGCCUCCACGGGCAACGGCACAUAUAUACACACAGAGAGACACACAAAAUAAAAAUAAAGUUUUACAAAGAAAAUAUAGAAGAGACGCUAGUUCUCACAGUGACGUUCGCCUAUGUCCAGCCCUCGGGAGGCUAAGGAGGAGGCGGGGGUGGAAUGGUGAGUCUGAGCUAAGCUAGAUUACCUAGCUGGACGUUAGGAAUGCAAACUUUUAGAUGACGACAGUGGUGACGCUCUUCUAAAGGAAAAGCUAGACGGAAGAGGCGGAGCCGGAAGAAGAAGUGGGACCCGGAGUCUGCAGCGUCUCUGUUGCCAUGGAUUCCGAGAGCAAGGAAGAGCAGCAAUGCACAGCUUCCUCGGCCGUUAUGUCGUCCUUGGAGACCCAGUUUUUGUCUGUCCCACACCAGCUCGAGUCCGCCAGUCUCAGCUGGUCCAUCAGGAAGUCCUUGCAUUCCUCGACCGUCUUAAUGGAUGAUUGCCAUUUCGGCUUCCCUACGCGGUCCCUCCGCGCCGGGUUCCACGCGCUCCCUCCACUCCCGGAGCCGCAGACGCUGCGUCUACGCCCCGCCUCGUUGCGCACGCAGGAAAUCUCACAUCUGCUUGCCCGAGUCUUCCGAAACUUGUACACCGCCCAGGUGAUCGGAGAUGACUUGAGCGACAGUUUGAUCAAGGCCCGCGGCAGUGAGGAUGCGCGCCACGAAGAGUUCCUUGACCAGCUGCAGCAGGCGCGAGCCAUCUAUAAACAGCGUCUGGAUGAAGCCGCCAUGUUGGAGAGACAUAUCAUGCAGGCCCGUGCACGGGAUAUUGCAGAAACAGAACACACCACCAAACAGAGCAGACUACAGGUUGUGGAGACCCCUGUCAAACUGCCCCCAGUGAAGACAGCCUUCAGGUGGUGUCUAGACAGCAAGUUAAUGCGAAAACAUCACUUAAUCUCUACAGAGGAUUACUACACUGAUCCCGUGCCGUUUUGCCCAGCACCCAAAGACAAAUCCACCCUUGGAUGUUCAAAGCUGACGUUUAGCUGUGAGCAGCGUUUCCUGCGCAAGUCAGAGCUGGACAGGGAGGCUGAGGAGCACUGCAGGCAGCUCACAGAGUGUGACGACUUUGAGUACACCGUGGACAGCUUGGGCUCCAUCUCGAAGGCCAAAGAGAGGACCACAGAUUCUGUCAAGAAGACAAGCAGGCCAAAGAAUAAGAAGUGGAUGGAACACCUGCAGGUGCCGCAGAGAGCCCUGGACAGGCGGCUGCUCGCCAGCAUGGAGAACAGGAAUCACUUCCUGAAAAACCCUCGGUUUUUCCCGCCUAACACACCACAUGGAGGCAAGUCUCUCAUCGUCCCUUUGAGCAAGCCAGAGAGAAGAGCAUCCCUGAAUGCAGAGCCUGAGUGGAGCUGUACAGAUGCCCCCGUGUUCCUGGCGAAGCCAUCAGUUGGAUUUUUCACAGAUUACGAAAUUGGACCCGUUUACGAGAUGGUGAUCGCUCUACAGAACACCACCUCCACCAGCCGAUUCUUGCGUGUCCUCCCACCGUCCUCUCCGUACUUCGCUCUGGGACUUGGGAUGUUCCCAGGAAAAGGCGGAAUAGUGGCUCCCGGGAUGACCUGCCAGUACAUCGUCCAGUUCAUCCCGGACUGUCUUGGCGAUUUUGAUGAUUUCAUUUUGGUGGAGACACAGUCUCCCCACACGCUGGUAAUCCCCCUGCAGGCCCGGAGACCGCCGCCAGUGCUGACCUUGUCACCAGUGUUGGACUGCGGCCACUGCCUCAUUGGAGGGGUGAAGAUAACCAAAUUCAUCUGCAAAAAUGUGGGCUUCAGCGUCGGCAAAUUCUGUAUCAUGCCCCAAAAGAGCUGGCCGCCACCGAGUUUCCGGGCUGUUGCAACUACUGGCUUUGUAGAGCAGCCUCCUUUUGGAGUAAUGCCUUCCGUGUUUGAGCUGGCCCCAGGGUACGCCAUACUGUUGGAGGUCUUGUUCCUCCCUACUGGCCUAGGACAGGCAGAAGAGACCUUCAUCAUCGUGUGUGACAACUGUCAGAUAAAGGAGGUGGUCGUCGUAGGGACAGGGCAGCUGGUGGCUUUGGAUCUGAUUCAUAUUUCUGGUGGAAAAAAUGAGCCAGACCCAGGAGAGCUGAAAGAUUUAACAGCCCAGUACUUUAUCCGGUUUGAGCCUGAAAACGUCCAGUCCACCGCAAAGAAGCAGCUCAUCAUCAGAAAUGCUACACACGUGGAGCUGGCCUUCCACUGGCAGAUCAUGAAACCCAACCUGCAGCCUCUGAUGCCUGGAGAGACACACAGCUCAGACAGCAUCAAAUGCCACCCUGACAGGGAGACAGCCUUCUCCAUCAUCCCCGAGAAGGGCAUCCUCGAGUCCCACUCGGACCAAGAGUUCAUCCUGAGUUUUUCACCUUACAAGCUCAAGUGUUUCCACAGUGUACUGCAAAUGGUUCUAGAAGCUGUGCCCGAGCCCUUGAGCUCAGGGUUGGAGAACCUGGGGGACUACUCCUACUCAGUGGAUGACAUGAUCGUCCUGGAAAUCGAGGUGAAAGGCUUGGCGGAACCCUUCCAGGUCCUUUUAGAGCCGUACGCCCUCAUCAUCCCUGGGGAGAACUACAUUGGCAUCACCGUGAAGAAAGAUUUUAAGAUGUGGAACAACAGCAAGUCACCCAUCAGAUACAUGUGGGGGAAGAUCAGCCACUGCCAUAUCAUCGAAGUGGAGCCCUGCACUGGGGUGAUAGAGCCCAAUGAGGUCGGAGAUUUUGAGUUAAACCUAACGGGUGGGGUGCCUGGCCCAACCAGCCAGGACCUGGAGUGUGAAAUCAAAGACUCACCAUGCCCGGUGGUACUCCACAUUGAGGCCUCAUUUAAGGGACCUGCCUUGACCAUUGAUGUCCCAGCCCUUCAGUUUGGUCUGCUUCGCCUGGGAAAGAAGGCUUCCAUCUCCAUCCAGAUCCGGAAUGUCAGCCAGCUGUCCGCCGUGUGGCAUUUGAAGGAGAGCCCAGUCUGCCUGGCAGAGAGAGAUGAGGAUGUGUCCCCCUUCGACAUCGAGCCUUUCUGCGGCCAGCUUCUCCCUCUGGGGGAGUGCAGAGUGACCAUCACCCUUGAGGCCUCCCAGUGUCAGCGGCUGCAGACAGUCCUGGAGCUGGAAGUGGAGAACGGGUCCGGGAGCUACCUUCCCGUGUACGCUGAGGUGCAGCAGCCUCACGUGUACCUGAAGAACAGCCACUUGGAGUUCAGCAACCUCUACCUGGGCGUGUCCACAAAGUCAAGGACCACGCUGGUCAAUGGCACACUCCUGCCCACCCGGUUCCACUGGGGAAAGCUUCUGGGACCUCAAGCAGAUUUGUGCACAAUGACAGUCUCUCCCACACAGGGCCUGCUGGGCCCCAGUGAAGAGCUCCAACUCACCUUGGAGUUGACGACCCACACAGAGGAAAAGCUGACCAAUUUGGUUCUCCUUUGUCACGUGUCUGGCAUGGAGAAGCCGCUGGUCCUGGGCAUCUCUGGGAAGCCCCUGGGACUUCAGGUGACCAUCUCCAUAGUGGAAUCUGACGGAAGCAGCACCACCAGCACUACACAGGAGGAGCUGCGCUUGGACUUCGGCUCGAAGGUGCCACUGAGGACGCCCGUGAUUCGCCAUAUCAUCCUGACAAACUGCUCCCCGAUACAGACCCCAUUCACCCUCACACUGGAGUACUUCGGGAGCUCCCAGGACAGCCUGUACAAGAAGACCAGCGUCCCUGACGUGCCUCCUGCCCUGCUGAAGACAGCACGCAUCCAGCAGCACGUGGCCAAGAAGGAAAGGCUGGACUUUGUGGAGAGCAUGUUAUCUCACAGGAAAGGAGCUGCCUUCCUUCCCCACAUCUCCCAGGGCAUGCUGGGAGCCUACCAGGAGCUAUGUAUUGACAUCACAGGCUGUGCCAACAUGUGGGGCGAGUACUGGGAUGAGCUCCUCUGCGUGGUGGGAGACCUGCCGGUCACUGUCAUCCCGGUAUACAUGGCCGUGGUGGGCUGCCCUAUCAGCUCCCUGAGGAAUACGUGCUACAGUGUGGCCCCAUUCCAGAAGGAGCCUAUCACCAGGUUUGGGACCCAGAUCUCUGGAGGAGAUACAGUCACCAGAUCUCUCCGUCUGUAUAACUCCAGUCACUGUGACAUCCGCCUAGACUGGGAGACCUACAUCCCAGAAGAAAAGGCGGACCGGCUGCUGGAGCUGCUUGUGUUUUAUGGGCCACCCUUCCCACUGCGAGAUCAAGACGGCAGUGAGAUUGUGUGCCCUGAGACCUCGGAGGCCAGCUUACCAGGGUCUCCAUGCCCCUCCAAUGUCUCAGUGUCUAGCCACACUGUCCCCUCAACGGGCAGCUGCAGUGGCGGCGGCGGCGGCACCAGGGCCGAAGAGCAGAUCAUGUCUGUCAUCCUGCAGAGGCACGAGGCAGUGCCCGCCGGCCACAUAUACCGUAUCAGCCCCAAGCAGUUGGUCAUCCCAGCUGGAGACCACAGGACCAUCUACAUCUCCUUCACGCCCACGGUGCUCGACCCAGGGGUCAUGCACAAGGUGGGGUAUACUGGCUAUGCCCUGGGCUUCAUGAGCUUGGAUAAGGAGACAGACAGACAGAUUCCAGGCCGAAUGCGACGCCUUCAGGACUUUGCCGUGAGCCCCCUGAGACUGGAUCUGAAUGGCCACGUGAGACACGCGCAGCUGCACGUCGAGCUGGACAGCAGUGGCUACUUGGAAUUCUGGUGCCAGGCCAGCGACCUUAUCCCCCAAAAUCCCUGCAGUGGGGUGCUAAGUGACCGGAUUACCACCCGCCAUCUGAAACUGACCAACACCACUGAAAUCCUGUAUGACUUCCAGGCCCGGGUCUCCAGGCCCUUCUUCAUUUCUCAAGGUGGGGCCAGCUGGGACAGCAGAGCCCCUCAUCAGUGUGAAGAAGGGACGGCCUCCACAGGCCAGUGGCUGAUGAUCCGUCCUCAGGACAACAUGCUGGUGGAUGUGUCCUUCUCACUGUCCCUGGAACUGCUGUCCUAUCAGAAACUCUCGGCCGACCAGAUGUUGCCCGGAGUGGAUAUUCAGGAGAGCGAGAACGGAGAGAGAAAGAUGGUGUUCACACAGAACCUACUCCUGGGCUUCACCAACCAGACUGUUCAGGAGGUGCCCCUGCGGGCCUUUGUGACCCUGCCAGCGCCACAGCUCUCCACCAGCUGGGUGGACUUCGGGACCUGUCUCGUGAACCAGCAGCACACCCGGCAGAUCUACCUGAUGAACCUCAGCUGCUGCCUGAGCUACUGGACGGUGCUGUUGGGACAAGAGGAACCAGCCAGGGAGGAUCAUGCGUUUGGGGUCUCCCCAGGCAGUGGACUGCUGGAGGCCCGAGCCACCAAUGCACCCCCUACCUCCAGCCCACUUCAGGUGUUCUUCAACCCUAGGAGCAGCAUCCUCUAUGAAUCUACACUGGUGGUGGAAGGCGUGCUGAGCGAGAAGCCCUGUGUCCUGAGGCUUCGGGGCCUAGGCUCUUACGAUGAAAGAUACGUGAAAUUCCAUGAGUUCUGAGGCUCUGUAGUGCCCAGCCCCAGCCCCAGCCCCAGCCCCAGCCCCAGCCCCAGUCCUACCCCCAGCCCCAGCCCCAGCCCCAGCCCCAGCCCUACCCCCAGCCCCAGCUGAGGCCAUCAAUCUGGCUCAGGGUUGAGGAGCAGGGCUGCCGAACAGGUACACGGGCUAUGGGGCUGGAGGCCCUCCUUAGGAUGAAGGAUCUCCUUCUGAGGUGUGGUGUGAGCCAGGCCCUGUGUGACAGUUUUCAGGGCCACCACCAGCAGAGUGGCUAUGACAGUCACUACAAAGACCGUCCACAAUUCCAACAAAGCAAGAGCUGGACCCUGGAUGAAAUGACUGCAACCAAGAUCAGUUCACCCACGUUUACUGUGCCCAUCACAUCCACCAUUCAUGAAGGCACCGUCCCACAGAAAUGAAUGUUGUCCUGUGGUCAAGCAUAGCAUGCACUGUCUUUGGUUCGACCGAGAGAACCGGAUUGGAUGCCCCAGUGCCCACGUGUACCCAUGCUGCAAUUACAUUUUCUAAAUUAAAGUGCUGUGACACACCCCUCCA